CUCCAGAAGACCACCCACCCCCUUUGGGCAAGAGGAGGAGACACACCUAGUUGUCGAAUGGGCCAAUCCAAAGAAGUUUUUUUUUUUUAAGUUUGCAAGGAGCUGGUUUGGUUGUGGAGAAAGGCUGCGUCGCUGAGGAUGGGGUGAAUUGCUUGGAGCUUUGGCCAUGAAGAAGACGCACACGUCCCAGAUUGAAGUGAUCCCCUGCAAGAUCUGCGGAGACAAAUCUUCCGGGAUCCACUACGGGGUCAUCACUUGUGAAGGAUGCAAGGGCUUCUUCCGACGCAGCCAGCAAGGGAACGUGACCUAUUCUUGUACUCGGCAACAAAACUGUCUGAUCGACCGCACCAGCCGCAACCGCUGCCAACACUGUCGCCUGCAGAAAUGUCUUAGCCUCGGCAUGUCCCGUGAUGCUGUCAAAUUUGGCCGGAUGUCCAAGAAGCAACGAGACAGCCUCCAUGCCGAAGUCCAGAAACAGCUGCAACAGCAACAACAUCAAGGCGGAGAGAGUUCCACCUUCUCCUUGGGCAUGGCCGAUGGUCAACUCAAGCUGGACCCUUCUCCAGAUCUCCGAGAAGGCUCCCCUGCUCUCCUCACUGGACAGACCCGCCUUAGCCAGUCUCCGGAUCAGACGGCGGGCUUGGCCUACUCUAACGAACUCCCCAAGGCGCAGAGCCUCCUGGGUGGAGAACAGCAGGACCUCUUCAAAAAAGGGUACGGUCCUGGAGUCAUCAAGGUAGAACCCAGGACCAGCGUCUAUUAUUCUUUGGAGACACAGGCAUUGCCAGACCUCUUGUCCCCCAAUGUCAGCCGAGCAGAACGGACAACAGCCAGCGAGACCCUUGACCUCUACACCAACCCGAGCUUCACCAGCUUCUUGGAGUGCCCACACCCUUCGCUGAUGGAGAUUGAGCACUUGACCCAGAAUGUCCUCAAGUCCUACCGGGAGACCUGUCAACUCCGCUUGGAAGACCUCCAGUUGCUGAGGUGGGAGACCUUCACCCGAGAAGAAAUUGGGAGCUACCAGAAGAAGACUAUGGAGGAGAUGUGGGAACGUUGCGCCUGCCGCAUCACGGAAGCCAUCCAGUACGUGGUGGAGUUCGCCAAGCGAAUGGGGGCCUUCAUGGACCUCUGCCAGAAUGACCAGAUUGUGCUUCUCAAAGCAGGUGCCAUGGAGGUCGUUCUGGUGAGGAUGUGCCGAGCCUUCAAUUCCGAGAACCGGACAGUAUUCUUUGAGGGCAAAUAUGCUGGCCCAGAAGUCUUCAAAUCUCUGGGUUGCAACGAACUGAUCAACUCCAUCUUCGAUUUCACACACAGCCUGUGUUCGCUCCACUUCUCCGAGAACGAAAUUGCUCUCUUCACAGCCCUGGUCCUGAUCAACGCAAAUCGCCCGUGGCUGCAAGAGAAGAGCAAGGUGGCCUACUUGCAGAACAACCUUGAAGUGGCCUUCAAACAGAUGUUGCAGAAAAACCACCGGGAAGGCAUCUUGGCAAAGUUGCCGCCCAAAGGGAAGUUGCGAAGUCUCUGUUCCCAGCACGUGGAGAAGCUCCGCUCCUUUCGCCAGAUGUACCCCAUGGUUGUCCACGCGGUUUUCCCACCGCUGUACAAAGAGCUCUUCAGUUCGGACUCUGACCCUCUGAUCCAGGGGCCCGCAGGAGAGUAACCCCCUCCCCCCACACACACACAAGCUGAGGACAGGUCAGGUGUUGCCACCCGGUCGCUGGAAGCCGGACACAAAAUGAAGACUGGGAUCGAGGGGAGCAGUCAACAAGUGGGCGGGGCAGGACGAGGAAUUGGUGAUUGCUUGUGGGGGUGUCCCACUUCAUUCUGGAGGAAAAACAGCAUCCCCACCUCAAAGUGCUCCAGUUUACAUUUUAAGGGUUAGCGGCCGCGGAAGCAAGAAGCAAUACUGGGGGGAUUAUGCGGCAUCGACAAAUCCACCGGGAGACGGUUUCGCGGGAAGACAACAUCGGAUGUCGCUGCCAGCUUGGGCGAUCCCCCCCCAAAAUACCUCAUUUGUGCCAUUUUAACGGCAAGAGACUCGGCCAAGUUCAAAAGAAAUUUAUAUAGAUAUAUAUGUAUGCAUCUAGAGAGAGAAAGAGAUGGACAGAU